CAGCAGUAGCCAAUGUGAUGUUCUCCAGAUGUUGCCAGUCUCCAACAUCACUGACCGCUGGCUAUUCUGGCUGGGGCUGAGGAGAGUCCAACAGCAUCUAGAAGACACACAGUUGGCUACCCUUGCCCUACCCUGGGUAAGAUGGAGGUUAGUGGGCAGUGGGAAAGCAGAAUCACCUGGCAAACUCCUUUCUACCUGUGGCAGGAGGAUGUUCCCCACCUUCCAGGUGAAGAUAUCCGGCAUGGAUCCCUUGGCUGAUUAUGUGCUGCUCAUGGACUUUGUGCCUUUGGACGACAAGAGAUACCGAUACGCGUUCCACAGCUCCGCUUGGCUGGUAGCUGGCAAGGCAGAUCCUGCUACACCUGGCCGGGUUCACUUCCACCCUGACUCCCCUGCCAAGGGAGGCCAGUGGAUGAGGCAAAUUGUCUCCUUUGACAAGCUGAAGCUCACCAACAACCUGAUGGAUGACAAUGGCCAUAUCAUCCUGAACUCCAUGCACAGGUACCAACCACGCUUCCAUGUGGUGGUGGUAGAUCCACGGCCAGAUAGCGAGCGCUACGCCCAGGAGAAUUUCAAGUCCUUCAUCUUCACGGAGACUCAGUUCAUGGCAGUGACAGCCUAUCAGAACCACCGGAUCACACAGCUGAAAAUUGCUAGCAACCCCUUCGCAAAAGGGUUCCGGGAGUGUGAGCCAGAUGACUGGCCCGGCUCACCAGGACAACUAUUAGGCUGCUUAUCUCGAAAUGGAGGUGCGGCUCCCUUAGCCCAGCUUCAAGAAACCACAGAAAAGGGGUUUGCCAGCAAUCAUCACCUCCCUCCAUCCCUCUUCAGAGAAGCCUCCCAGCUGCAGCACCCACCCCUGGUCACACCCGCCACCCUCCCAGAUAUGUGCCUUGCUCGACGACCCUUGAGUGAAGCAUCAGGGGCCCUGCCCUACAAGCACCUCUCCUAUCACAGCAUCUACGUGGGAGCCCGCUCCCGGGCAACGCCCUACGCCCUCCCCAGCAGCCGGGCCACCAGCUUCCACGCUUUCAACAUCUACACUGCCGGGGACUAUGAACAGUGAAGGAAGAGAGAUCCGGCGGACAGAUCAGGCAGUUCCCUCCUCUCUCCCCCCAACCUACCCCAAGGCUGAACCUAUCUUCCAGGGACUCGCCUCAGGGCCACCUUCUCCUCAUGCGGCAUCCAUCGCUGCAUGGCCUGCUAAGGAGGUCUAGUCCAUUCCUCUGUUAACUUCCAGGGCACUUUGUGGAUGGUACCUUCAAGCCCUGGUACCCUUCCCUCUUCCCCACCCGAGGCAAACGUAAUUUCUAACUUAUUGUCCCCUAGUAUAUGGACAAUUAAACAGUUAAUAGAGGCU